CGGCCUGCUGGCGGGGUCCGGGGAGCCCUGGUGGACGCGAGACGGCCGCUUGGGGACGCCCUGACAGCAGAGCGGCGGGACUCCCGGAGGUGUAGGGGCCCACCCCUCCCCGGCCACGGCAUGCCGGGUUGGAGGCUGCUGGCUCAGGCCGGCGCCCAGGUGUGGAGCCGCGGUGCGGGCGGCCUGGGUGCCGCCGGGAGCCUGGGCUACAGAACAGACAUCUGGCUUUUGGCUAGAAGUUUCCAUGACAAGAGUGGUACUUGGUGGGAUGAGCAUCUUUCUGAAGAAAAUGUCCCGUUUGUUAAGCAGCUGGCCUCUGAUGAAAAUAAAGCCCAAUUAGCAAGUAAACUGUGUCCUCUGAAAGACGAGCCAUGGCCUAUGCAUCCCUGGGAGCCAGGUUCCUCUAGAGUAGGCCUUAUUGCCCUGAAGCUGGGUAUGAUGCCUUUAUGGACCAAAGAUGGUAAAAAGCACGCGGUCACAUUACUUCAGGUACAAGACUGUCAUGUUCUGAAAUAUACUCCAAAGGAAAACUGUGAUGGGAAAAUGGCAACCCUGACUGUUGGAGGCAAAACUGUGUCACGCUUCCAUAAAUCACCAUCUAUAUUGGAAUUUUACCAAGAACUUGGAUUGCCGCCAAAACAGAAAGUGAAGAUCUUUCGUGUAACCGAUAAUGCUGUAAUUAAGCCAGGCACUCCUCUUUAUGCUGCUCACUUUCGCCCGGGACAGUACGUGGAUGUCACAGCCAAAACUAUUGGUAAAGGUUUCCAAGGCGUCAUGAAGAGGUGGGGAUUUAAAGGCCAGCCUGCUUCCCAUGGUCAGACAAAAACCCACAGGAGACCUGGCGCUAUUUCAACUGGGGAUGUUGCCAGAGUCUGGCCCGGAACUAAAAUGCCUGGACAAACGGGAAACAUGGAUAGGACCGCCUUUGGACUAAAAGUGUGGAGAGUGAACACAAGACACAAUAUAAUCUAUGUAAAUGGCUCUGUACCUGGACAUAAAAAUUGCUUAGUAAAGAUCAAAGAUUCUAAACUGCCUACACAUAAGGAUUUCUGUAAAAAUCUACCAUUCCCUACAUAUUUUCCUGAUGGGGAUGAAGAGGAAUUACCGGAAGAUUUAUAUGAUGAAAAUGUGUGUCAACCCAGUGCGCCUUCUAUUACAUUUUCCUGACAUUCUGUGAGCUUUGAUGAACCAGAUCAGUAAUAUAACCAGGAAUUAUAUUUUUCUUACUCACAAUGUGAGUAAGUAUCAACUUGUCAUCUUUGUCAAGGGUGUAAAUGUAUCAUCCACACCUUAAUUGAAUUGUAACAAACCAGUUAAGUAAAUUGGAUUUGCCAAAUGUAAAUCGACUGGCAGUUUGCAUACUAGCAAAAUCUUUGUAAUUUGUGUUUGUUUUUUUACUAGCUGUUUCCCAAGUUAUCUUCAGAUGUUUAUAAAUUUAACUUUUGUUAAAGAUUUGUCCUGUCUGUGAAUGGGGUGGUUGUGGAAAACUGGCAAACCAUAAUAGGGACUGGUGCAACCUAUCUCAACAAAAGAAACCAUUUCCUAUAAAUCAUUCUCUGUUUUAGUGCCAUAAAGAGAACAGAAAUAAGAUUUUUAAACUAAUAUGUAUGUUAUAGUUAAAGGCCUGACAGGGAAUUUACUGCUGAUUACUUAUGACAAAGUAACAAGGACAAACAGGCUUCCUUUACUGCAUUUCCUCAGACCCAAGGGACUAAUAUUAGCUAUACAGUAUUGGGUCUGCAGGUGGCUUCCUGAUAGCUGAUGGAUUUGAUAAAAAAGGUGCAAGAGUAUUUUACCUCCGACGGUGUAGGCUCACAUUCCUCCACGAGUGGCUGUGGCGGGAAGGCUGCUGUGCUCUCUGUUGCUGCGAGCUUCCUGGGGGCCAGAUCUGUCACAUACUUCUCUUUAAUCACGAGUUGCUCAAAAGGAAUCCUUUUAAACAGGAGUCUGUUUUGUCACCACACCAUUUUUGAUUAAAAACAACUUCUCAAACUGAAAAUCCCUGACCUUUUUUAAAGAUAUCUUAAGCAAAAAUUUUACUCACCCUUCUUGUAAGAGCAAACCAGGAUCUACUUUACUUCUGUUGAACAGUAUUUUGGGAACGCCUUGACACAGAAGUAAGGCAGUAUUAGAAUAAAUUUCAUUAUUUGUAAAAAGCAAGCAUGCCCUGCCUGGGAGCUCAAGGACAAGUAUGAGAACCAGUGACUCUUCAAGGAAAUGACUGAAAACCAGGUUAAUACACAAACUAGGCACAAGACUGGGAAGUUUUAUGGGGGGAAGUGGCUAGCAUUCACAAAGGCAGUGUUGUAAAGAGUAUUACCUGGGGAAAAGCCCAACAAGAAAGCUCAGGUCUCACAUUGGUGAGAGAAACCUCACCGAGGAACUGCUGGAAAGGACGAUCACGGUUAUGAAGGGAAAGAUUCAGCAUGACAAGGAAUUCAGCUCAACCCUGCUUUUAACAUCUCAGUCAGGCUUAGAAUGUAACUUGAAAGCUGAUUCAAGACUGACGUGAAAAUACACAUUCGGGAACAACCAGAACCUAAGAGCCCCCCUUCUCGCAGUAGGGUCCGUUGAGCUUCGGGAUUCGGACUUCUGACGUGCAGUGGGGAAUACUGUGCACCUUCAUUCCCCAUUCGCUGCAUUUAAACAAAAGAUUUCAGGGAUGCAUGACGUUUGCUGAUAAAGCAAUGGGAAGCAGCUGUUACCUUGCAAAACAAAGGAAUAACUGUUGCUGGGAGAAUAUAAACUUAUAAUCAGAAGAAAGAAUACGGUGCCGGGACGUCUUGUGUGCGCCCGGC